ACCUCUUCUCUUCCAAAAAAAAAAAAAAACCAAAAAUGUCCACGGCCGUCUUUCAAGGAGGCAACGCCAGCAACGAAAAAAUCACCGCCGUCCAACCCGACGUCAUCGAAUCCCACAUCCUUACCCAACUCGACGGCCCUUCCCUCGCCUCCCUCGCCUGUGCUUCGUCUCAAUUACACGCCCUCGCUAUCCAGGAAAAUCUCUGGAAAAACAUUUGCUCUUCCACUUGGCCUUCCGUUAAUCACCCACUUGUUCAAGAAAUUAUCUCCACUUUCCCUUUCGGUCACCGUUCAUUCUUCUCCGACUCUUUCCCGUUUCCCGAUCCCCAACCGUUAAAGCUCGACGUCAACACUUUGACUCUGCCAACGAAAUUAAUCUCUGUCGUUGAUAUUUUUUACCAAGGCAAAGUUAUUUAUUCUAAAGUUGAAGAAACGGAAACGUCAAGCAGCUGGUUUUUGUAUUCACCGUUCCUGGUGAAUUUACUUGACCCGAAAGAUUCUGCUCCGACACCGAUAAAAUAUUGUGGUGGCAGCAGAGAUGAGACGUGGCUAAAGCAUUUGGAGGAAAACUUGAGUUUAAGCUGGAUAGUUAUCGACCCGGCUCGGAAGAAGGCGGUGAAUGUGUCCAGUAGGAGUGCUGUUUUGGUGCGACGGCACUGGUUGACGGGUGAUGUGCAGGUGCGGUUUGGGACGGUGAUGGUGGGAGAUGGACGGCGGGGAUCAUCCAGAGAGUUGGUGGAGUGUAGGGUAGUGGUCACGUGCGGGGGAAAAGAAGGAGGGGGGAUGCACGUGAGAGAAGCGAGCAUGGUGAUGGAGGACAUGGAAAGGAAAGGGUUGAAUGGGAAGGAUAGUUUGAUAAUUUUGGAAGGGAUUAUGGGGAGUGGGAGGAGGAAGAAAAGGAACGGAAAUGAAGGGAAAGAGAAGUACGAAGAGUUUGAAGAGAGGAAAAGGAAGAGGAAAGAAAAGCAGCAAAGGAAAGAACAAGCGUUGGAUUUGGUUUGCAUCACUAUCGGCGUCGCCGGUUUUGUUACAUUUUGCUUAGCUAUGUUGCUCCGGUUACAACAUUAACAAAAAAAAUUACUAAAUACUUUAUAAAAUACAAUUUUGAUUGUCAAAAGU